UCUCCUCUGCCCUCUGCUCUGCCCUCCCUGCCCCCCGGCGGCUCGGGGAGGGGGCCAUGUCGGAGCGGCAGCCCCCUCAGCGCGGCUUUUCCCGGCAGGAGGUGACCCGCACGCUGUGGGAAGUCCGGGACCUCUACCGGGACCUGCAGCCGCUGGGCUCCGGGGCCUACGGCGCCGUCUGCUCCGCCAUCGACAGCAGGACCGGCACCAAGGUGGCCAUCAAGAAGCUUUACCGGCCCUUCCAGUCCGAGCUGUUCGCCAAGCGCGCCUACCGGGAGCUGAGGCUGCUGAAGCACAUGCGACACGAAAACGUCAUCGGUCUGCUGGACGUGUUCACCCCCGAUGACACCCUGGACGGCUUCAACGACUUCUACCUGGUGAUGCCCUUCAUGGGUACCGACUUGGGCAAGGUCAUGAAGCACGAGAAGCUCUCUGAGGAUCGGAUCCAGUUCCUGGUCUACCAGAUGCUCAAGGGUCUCAAGUACAUCCACGACGCCGGGAUCAUCCACCGGGAUCUGAAGCCUGGGAAUCUGGCUGUGAAUGAAGACUGUGAGUUGAAGAUUCUGGACUUCGGCCUGGCCAGGCAGACAGACAGUGAGAUGACCGGCUAUGUGGUCACCCGCUGGUACCGAGCCCCUGAGGUCAUCCUCAACUGGAUGCACUACACUCAGACAGUGGAUAUCUGGUCCGUGGGCUGCAUCAUGGCCGAGAUGAUCACUGGCAAGAUCCUCUUCAAAGGCAAUGACCACCUGGACCAGCUGACGGAGAUCAUGAAGGUGACGGGGACGCCGCCGCCCGAAUUCGUCCAGAAGCUGCAGAGUCAGGACGCCAAAAACUACAUGAAAACUGUUCCGGAAUUGGAGAAGAAGGAUUUUGCCUCCAUCCUGAAGGAUGCAAACCCUCUGGCCGUGAACUUGCUGGAGCAGAUGCUGGUGCUGGACGCGGAGAAGAGGGUGACCGCCGCCGAGGCCAUGGGCCACCCCUACUUUGAGUCCGUCCACGACUCGGAGGAGGAGCCCCAGGCCGAGCCGUACGAUGAUUCCUUCGACAACGUGGACCGGUCGCUGGACGAGUGGAAGAGGAUCACUUACAAGGAGGUCCUGAGCUUCAGGCCGCCCCCACUAUUCACGCCAAAGGAAUCAGCGCUAUGACAGCCCCCUGGAUGGGGUGGCUAGGCAGGGAGGAAGGUGGGGGUCCCUGGAGCAACUGGACGAUGAAAUUCUAAGAGCCCAAGAUGACGGACCUGGCCACGGCCUGCUUCCUAGGGGUGUGCGGUGAGGGCGGGCCAGGCUGACCCCCCAACGUAGGCCCACCUGCAGCCUGGCGUUGCCCGGAGCCCACCUUCUGGACAGAGCAGCAGAGCCACGAGGUCGUGAGGACUUCUCCAGCGUGGCCCUGGAGGGGAGAGAGGAGAGAGCAAAUAGGGGAGGGGGCUGCCCACCCUUUGCCUGGAGGAAGGCACCCCCAGGCAGCCAACUCAGGCCCAGGGAGACCCCAAGUCUUUUCUUCUGUCUGUUCAGAAAGGAUUCUGACAUUACCAUCCCCAGGGCCGGGGGAAUCAGGGCCACGGGUAGGGAAGGGAGACACACAGGAGAUGCUGGGCCGCCGUCCGGUCAGUCUCCACGAUUGGUCCGUCGCAUGGGGCCGAGGGGGGUGGCGGGAAUAAAUCAUUUUGUAGGGCA